AUGGCCAUCUUUGGCAAGAAAAAGUCCGACAAGGACAGGGACAAGGAAAAGCAGCAGUCACAGUCUUCUGGCCCCUCCAUUGGCGACAGCAUCUCAUCACCAUCUCCUGCCAUGGAGUCCUCCGCCAGACAGCCUUCACAGCAACAACAACAACAGCAGCAGCAGCAGCAGUCACCCUAUUCGAGGGAAGCAUCCGGCAUCCCAACUCCUGGCGGCUCUCAUAUCCCUAACAAGGGCUCCAUAUCUGGUCUACCCGGCGGUCCCAUGGCGAUGGGCAGUGGCUUUGCACCCUAUCCCGGUCAGCUAGGUCCAUCUGGUGUCCCAGCUUCCAGCUCAGGUCCUCUCGGCUCCGCAUCAGGUUUCCGUUUCGGUGGACCAGUUCCUCGUCCAGAUGGCAUCGGUUCUGGCAUCCCUACUCCAGGUGGUCAAGGCUCUCUUCGCUCGCGUAAGAUAAGCGAACAGGGUGCACCUAUAAUGGCCGCCGGUGCUCCACCUGGCUCCAACUUUGGCAUGGGCGGCGGUGUCGGCAGUCCGAAUGGUGGCAGCAUCUCAGGUCUCCCUUCUCAAUCAUCUGGUCCUGAUGCCGGUCCACCGCUCUCCAACCCCAAUCUGCCGGGAGCACUACUCGACAAGGGUCGAUCUCAACAAGUCGUCUACCCAUGGAGUCAGCGUGGUCUUGUGAUGAAGCCACCCAAGUUCCUCGACGAAUCUCGUCAAGCUCCUCCAGGCGCACUUAGCCCCUUCCCUUUCCCACGCUACGGACAUGCUGUCAACCAGAUGGCAAGCGCCUCCGGCGAGCUCUACCUUUUUGGUGGCUUGGUACGUGAGAGUGUCAAGAACGACCUCUACACCGUCUACGUCGACAAGCUCAUUUCGCAAACAUCCAACUCUCCUCCCAAUGUCACUGGCCCAGGCUCGGUCAACCCUAGCCAGAUCUACGCCAGUGCUACGCUCGUGCAGACGACCGGUGAGAUUCCACCACCACGUGUUGGCCAUGCAACGGUUCUCGUAUCCAACGUCCUCAUCCUUUGGGGUGGUGACACAAAGGUUCGCGCUGACGACAAGCAGGAUGAGGGCCUGUACCUGCUCAAUCUUAGCACCCGCGAAUGGACCCGUGUCAAGGCUGGCGAUGGUCCCGAGACUUGCCCUGUUGGCAGGUACGGCCACAGUGUCGCUAUCGUCGGCUCACGCUUCUUUGUCUUUGGUGGUCAAGUGGAUGGAACCUUCAUGAACGACCUUUGGUGCUUCGACCUCAACAGUCUCAAGGGGACACCAACCUGGGAGUGUCUCAAGCCCCAGGGCGACGUUCCACCCAAGCGUACCGGUCAUGCCAGCGUCACAUACAAGGAGAAGAUCUACGUCUUCGGAGGUACCGAUGGCCAAUACCACUACAAUGACACUUGGUGCUACGACAUUGCUUCCGACACCUGGAAGGAGCUUUUAUGCAUCGGCUACAUCCCUGUUCCUCGUGAGGGGCACGCAGCCUGUGUUGUUGAUGACGUCAUGUACAUUUUUGGCGGUCGAGGUGUCGACGGCAAGGACCUCGGUGAUCUGGCCAGCUUCAAGAUCACCAACCAGCGCUGGUACAUGUUCGCCAACAUGGGUCCUUCUCCCAGCGGUCGUUCCGGCCACGCCUUGUCGACCUUCCAGAACAAGGUCGUUGUGCUCGGUGGUGAAAGUUUCACUGGCGCUAAGCCCGACGAUCCCGCCACUCUACACGUUCUCGACACGGCCAAGAUCAAGUAUCCCACCGACAACAACGCCUCGCAGGUCAAGACACCUGGCGGAUCCAAGUCCAACAUCACCUCGCCGAGCAAUGGUACUUCUACCGGUCCCGCUGCUGUUCCAGGCUCGCAGAUCCUAGGUACCAACGGAUCCGUUCGUAGUGCCAUGUCUCCUCUUGCAGAGGGCGACGAACGUCACAGGACGAUCUCGCCGACCACGCGCGGAGCUCCCGGACCCAUCCAAGGUAGCGCGCCUACUUCUCCUCCCGAACGUGGCAUCGAGCAGAACUUUGCGCAACAGCAGCAGCAGCAGCAGCAACCGCAACCGCAACAGCAACAGCAGCAGCAACCGCAACCGCAACAGCAACAGCAGCAGCAACCGCAACCGCAACCGCAACAGCAACAGCAACUGCAACAGCAACAGCAACAGCAACCGCAACAGCAGCAGCAACCGCAACAGCAACAGCAGAUGCCACCUAGUUCUGCGCCAGGCGUUGUUGUUCCCGCACAGAUCCAGUCACAGCCGUCGCUGCAACAACAACUCGCAAACCAAGUGUCUCCUCUACAGGGACCGUCGACAUUACAGUCACCUUACCAGCAACUACCGCGCGCUGGUGUCAUGAACGGAGACCCUGCCAUGCGCGCCAUCAGUCCUCCGUCCAGCAUUCCACAGUACCAGACUCAGCUGUCACAACCAUCUCAGCUCCUGACCCAGCAGUCGGGUCAGUUGCCGCCUCAACAGCAACAGGUGCCCAACCAAUCUCAGUCUUACCCGUAUCAACAGCAGAUGGGACUUGGUUCCACACCUGGCGUUGCAUCCGCCAGUGCUCCAGCUUCUUACGAUGGUCCACGCAGUCAGCGCUCUAUCGAGAACAUGCGUGCUGGUGGUGCUCUUUCACCGACCAACAUGAACUCGAUGCGCAGCAUCAACGGCGUCGUCAGCAAGAGGGACUCGCCAGCUGCGCCUCAGGACGGUUUCCACUACGGUCGUACCACCAGUCCACCUGGCACCAAUGGCUACAUGUCGCCUCAAAAUAUGCCAGCCGAGGUCGAUGCGAUGCGCAAACGCGAGGCAUGGUACAAGGCGGCGCUGGCUCUUGCUGUCAAGAAGGGCUUCGUCGAGCCUGAUCAGCUCAAUGCCGGCGACCUCAGCAUCGGAGAUGCGCAGAGCAUCACUUCAGAGCGAGUUAGUCUCGAUGGCAUCGACACGGGUGCUGAAGGCAGUGACAAGGAUCGCGUCCUCAAAAUCCUCAUCUCUCUGAAGGCCCAGCUUGCGAUCGCCAAAGCUACCAUCGCUCAACAGGCUCAAGGAGAGGCUGAUCGUCACGCCGAGUCAGAUCGAGCCCGUUCUGCUGCUUUGCAAGAAGCCGCCUACUAUCGCGCCAAGUUAUCAGCUAUCGAGUCCGGCAACGGUGACGAAGUGACACGUCUCGACCGUGAGCGUGCCAACAAGCUCGAAAAGUCGUUAGCCGACGCUCUUCGGGAGAGCACACAGCUUGAACGUCAAGUAUCGUCGGUUCGCGAACAAGCCAAGCUUGAACAGCAGCUGCGCAACUCGGCAGAAGAGAGACUCUCAGAGACCGCUAAGCGUGCCAUGGCCGCUGAGGCUGCUCAAAUGAAGGCAUACGAUGAGCUGUCAGCUCUGCAGAAGCGUAGCUACUCGACUGAGAGCGCUUUGCGCGAGCACACUGAGCAGGUCACGACGCUCUCGUCGCUCCUAUCGCGUCACAGAGCCGAUCACGAGCAUGCUUCUCGUCAGCUGGACGAGGCCAAGGCCAGUGUCGCAGCGCACCUUGCAGCCUUGAUGCAACUCCAGACUGCACACGGCUCGGUUACGACUCGUGCCGCCGAAUACGAGCGUCUGCACGACGAGCAGCGGGGCAUGCUUCAGCAGCACCAGUCAAACAUUGCUGAUCUCCGGGCUCAACUUGAAGCGAAGUCGGCCGAGGCUUCCAACCACGCCUCACGAGCUGCUGAGCUCGAGACCUUGUUGCACCAACAUCGACAGGAAGCGGAGACGCACCGCACAGCUGCCACGAGCGGACUUGCAGCAUUGCUUGCUCACAAAGAUCAGACAUCGAGCGGGGAUCUUGGUGCCUCUACUGCUGUGCCCUCGCACGUCUUGGACAAGAUGCGAGCGCUGGAAGACGAGGCCGAGCAGCUUCGACAGCUCCAUGCCGAGGCGCGCCAGAUGGCCGAUGAGCACGCUAGCUCGCUUCAAGAGAUGCAGAAUCGUCACUUGACCACAGAGAAGCAAGCAACGGCGUUGCGCUCCGAGCUCACUGCUCUUCGCAGUCAGCUUGCUGUGGCAUUGCAGGAAGCGGCACGACUCAAGGACACUGCCAGCUCCAAGGAUCUCGAGCUGCGUGACCGCAACCGUGCCAUCGAGGCAGCUCAGGUCAAGUCGAGCUUGCUCAAGCAAUUUAUGGCUGAGCAUGGUGUCAGCGUGCCCAACGAGGACGAGCUGAGCGUCAAGUCUGGUUAUGCUGAUCGCCGUAUCCGCGAGCUCGAGGAUGAAAUCGAUGCACGAGGACGAGAAUUGCAGGAAGCAGAGCACCGUCUACAGGACUCCGAGAGCCGCGUCGAAGAGCUCACACGCGAGCUUGAACACCAUGCCUCGCUCACUGCAAGCCGCGGUACUGCCGACAGUACCACAGUGGCUGAAGCAGAGCGACGUGCUCAGCUGGCCGAGCGUGAGCUCGCCGAGACGACCGCCUCAUACAAGGAUAGGAUGGCACAGCUCGAGAACGACUAUCAGACCGCUGUUCAAUUCGUCAAGGGCACUGAAAAGAUGCUGCGUAGGAUGAAGGACGAGCUGACAAAGUACAAGACUGAGAACGCCGCCUUACAAAACGAGCUUGCUUCGAUGCGAUCUGCAGGUGGCGGUGGACGUCUGAGCACCGACGAUGGCGCACGCUCCGAAGAGGCAGCACGUGACAUUGAGGCGCUACGAAGCCACCUCGCCGAUGUGACACAGCAGAGCGAGGAGAUCGCAGCCGAGAACCGCGAGCUGGAGCGCAGAGUAGCUCAGCUUGUGGCAGAGCAGGAACAACACCGUGGCUCGCUCGACAAGACUGACGACAUAGCCGGAAGCUCUGAUAAUGGCCACUCGAGCCGUAAGGUUUCCGAACUGGAGAGCGAGGUGGCUCGAUUGCAGGCCAGCUUGGAAGAGUCGCGCAAGGAAGUCAAGAAGACAUUGGAGCGCAACGAGCAGUUGCAGACACAGCUCAGCUCGAGUUCGGCCAGCAAGUCGACUGAGGCUGGCGUCGAGGAUGCUUCGUCGCUGAGUCGCUCAUUAAGCGCAGCGCAGACGAGCAACGAGCAGCUGAAACGCGAGAAUGCCAACUUGACACAGCGUCUGCAGGAGCUGGACGACAAGUUCCAGCUUUUGCUCGGACGAAUCGAGUCGACACACGAAGACGGUGGCGAGCGAGCACGAGACAGCAUGGCGUACGGUAGCAUCGCUUCCGAGCUCGAUAAGUGGGAGCGCGGCACACUUGGCGAGAGCGAUGCCUAUGCAGCUCAGCAGGCGUCACAAGCUGAUACAGUACCGCUGUCCAGUGCUGAGGCGUAUGCUGGCAAGGCGGAUCACUAG